CACCGAGUGAUAUGUGGAGAAUAUGGGAGAGGUAAACAUAGUGAAGCUGCAUGGGAUAGGGGCUAAUCCUUAUUCUAAGAGGGUGGAACCGGCCCUUAGAAUUAAAGGCAUACCCUAUGAGUUUAUAGAAGAAGAUCUGAGUAAUAAGAGUCAACUGCUCCUCAAGUCCAAUCCUGUUUACAAGAAGAUCCCAGUACUUGUUCACAAUGAACAACCAGUCGUUGACUCCCUUAUCAUUUUAGAAUACAUUGAUGAAACUUGGAAAAACGCUCCUCAGCUCUUGCCUGAUGAUCCACUGGAAAGAGCUAAAGUUCGCUUCUGGACAAGUUUCAUUCAACAACAGUUGUUUGAGGCCAUGACUAGAGUAGUAACAUGUGAUGGGGAAAUUCAAGCAAAAGCAAUUGAUGAAGUACAAGGGAAAAUGAAGGUGCUGGAAGAGGGAAUGAAGGAAGUCUUCCCAGGUUCAGGUUCUCCAAGCAUUGAUGGUGAUAAUUUAGGAUUGUUAGACAUUAUGAUUUGUUCAACAUUCAGUCCCUACAAAGCUUAUGAGGAAGCCCUUGGAGUAAAAAUAUUAGACCCAGAAAGGAACCCAUUGGUAUUCUGCUGGGUGAAAGCCUUGAAUGAGCUGCCUUUGGUGAAAGAGCUAUACCCACCUCAUGACAAGCUGGUAGCCCUGCUAAAGGUUGUCAGAGAAAAUGCCCUCAGAGUUUCUUCCUCGACUUGAUCUUCUUCUAUUAAUAUGGU